UUUAUAGUGGGAUUUUCUGUCGUAUUUUGAUGAUUUAAACCAAUUUGUAUACAGUAAACAAUGGUUUCACUACAUCAAUUACAACUGAAUACAUUAAUAUCUGUUCUAAAAUGGUCUGAAACUGCUUUUGCCCACUACUUUUAAGUGUUACUCGUUGACACUGUUAAAAGUUUUUAAAAUGUAUGCUGUAAAACGGGAAACUGAAGAAAUAUUAUGCCACGGAUGCCUCAGUGCAAACCGGAAGCUAUCGCCCUUGACAAAUUAUGAAAUGUACUUCUGUGUGUUAGGAAAUAAACAGACGCUAGAGGAAUACAAAUACCUGAAUAUCCUGCUAUGCUGGGAGUGCCAGGCGCUGCUGCGACGCACGCAGGAGUUCCGGAACACCCUGCAGCGUGCACAGUACCUGUUGUCAGUGGCUCAUACGGAACAGGUUUCGCCAAAAUCUUUAUCCACAUUAUCAUACAAACACAAGCCGGAUUUUGACUACAUCAUAGAAGAAUCCAUAGAGUCCAAAAACGAAGAAGUAAUCAUAGACAACUCAGAGACACUCGUCAAAGAGGAAAUAGAAGAUUUUGAACCUGAUAAUAUUGAAUACAGUGAUAUAAAGGAAGAAAAUGAGAUACAGUUAUUUCAAAACCAAAGAAAAUAUAGAAAAAAAGAUACAGAGAAAAGGGAAUUUAAGAAAAUAGAUAGCGGAUUAGAUUUGAAUCAUCCUGAGAAGUAUUUUAAUGAGAUUUGUCUGAGUGAAAAGGAGGUGGAUGAAAUAUUGGAGCAAGAGAGAAGGGGGGAUGCUAGACGGCCGCACAAAUGUGGGGGUUGCGGGUUUUGGUUUUUUAGUAGAACUGAUGCUUAUGAACAUAAGAAGACGAUGCAUAGACAGCGUACGAAACCAGGCAAAUGCCCCGACUGCGCGCACCCAUACAAAUCCUUCUGGGAGCUGGAGCUGCACUGUUGGCGCUCGCACGCGGCGCACCGGUGCUCUCUGUGCGAGCGCGUGGUCGCGCACCGAGAGAGAGUGACGCAUCUGCGCAAGCACCGGUUUAGAUAUCGGUGUCUCAAGUGCGGGUUCGAUUUCGAAAACAAGCAGUUGUACGAGCGACACGAGAAGGAACUGCAUUCCAAGUAUACCUGCGGGCAUUGUGACCGCACGCUUACCACCAAGAAAGCUCUGGAGAAACAUGUCAUUCGCCACCACCUCCCCGCGACAUGCUCCUACUGUAACCUCUCCUUCACGACAUGGGAGCGACUCCGGCGCCACGCGCGAGACACACACGAGCGCACCGGCCCCGCGUACUGCGUAGAGUGUGACCGCACCUUUAUCAACACGGCCAAGUACCGGCGACACCUGAGCCAGUCACAGUUGCACCGGCCCAAGCAGAAACUCAGUAUCCCGUGUCCCGAGUGCGGCAAAGUGUUCUCCAGAACUAACUAUAUGAACAACCAUAUGAAGCUGUUCCACUCCAACCAGUCGCGACACCACUGCCCGCUGUGCGACAAGUAUUUCGUGAAUGGCUGGGGUCUCCGGCAGCAUCACAAGUUUGUGCACGAAAAGAUGUCACUGCCGAAGACCAAGAUCUGCAGCGUGUGCGGCCGCGGCUUCGGGACGAACCGCGUGUUGGAGAACCACAUGCGCACGCACACGGGCGAGCGUCCGUUCUCGUGCGCGCACUGCCCGGCCGCCUUCGCGCAGCGCGUCGCCCUCAAGGCACACCUGGCCGCCAUACACAAGGAGAAGUGAGGAUUACUGCUCAAUAUGGCGGCUCAAUAUAUACCCCCGUGAUUUUAAGACUUUUUUUGUCUAAUGGAUGGAGAGAUGUAAUUUCGAAAAGGCAAAAAAAAAAUGAAAAAUGUAGGGUUUCACCGGCCAAUUGUCUUCGUAAAAUGCGUGCCUUCCUAAGCCUUGACGUUACCGGAAUCAUCAAGCGAUAACAUUUAAAAAUGUAGCAAAGAUUUCAUUCUCAUAGAAAAUUUGAAUUUCGCGCCAUUCUUUAAUGUAAUUGUAUGUACUCCUAAUUCCUUCAAAAAGAGCGCACUUUACACAGUGAAGGAUUGACUAUGCAAUAAUCAACCAGUGAAACGUCACAAAAAAAAUCCCAAUCCCUUAUAU